AUGACGUGCUCAAGACGUUUCCGACGAGGUUUGAGUCCGCAGUUGAUGGGGAGCUGGUUGCGUGGAAGGAUUGAUAUUGCGGAGAUCAAUGAGCCUUGUUCGCAUGAAAUUCAGUUUAAUUAUAACACGGAGGUUUUGGAUUCUUCUCGUGCCCCGAUUCGCAUGGUGCACGAUAACUCUGCUUUGACGGUCAGCGAGAACGAAGCAACAAGGGUGGAAGAGGAUGCGAAACGCAGGCUCCUCUCGUCGAGACGAUUAUCCCUCGUCGUCGACUUAGACCAGACAAUUAUUCACGCAACGGUGGAUCCGACGGUGGCAGAGUGGCAGCAAGACAAGGAUAACCCGAACCAUGAAGCGGUCAAGGACGUGCGCGCCUUUCAGCUUGUGGAUGAUGGGCCUGGCAUGAAGGGGUGUUGGUAUUACAUCAAACUACGGCCUGGGCUAGAAGAGUUUCUGCGAAAUAUUUCCACGCUGUUCGAACUACACAUCUACACAAUGGGGACCCGCGCGUACGCGCAGCAUAUCGCAAGCAUCGUGGAUCCGGACCGCAAGAUUUUCGGGGACAGGAUUCUUAGCCGGGACGAGAGUGGGAGUUUGACCGCCAAAAACCUGCAACGCCUCUUCCCCGUCGAUACGAAAAUGGUUGUUAUCAUAGAUGACAGAGGAGAUGUGUGGAAGUGGACGGAUAACUUGAUCAAGGUGGUGCCUUACGAUUUUUUCGUUGGUAUUGGAGAUAUCAACUCUAGUUUCCUCCCGAAAAAACAGGAGUUCAAAGGUUUUCCUCUGGGCGCGGCCAAGUCAAAAAAGGAGCUGGAUUCAAAGGAGACGGAAACGACAAGGACAACGACCAAUGGGUCUAGCGCGACGAACGCAGAUGGGCAAACGACUACGGAAAUAUCAGCACUGGAGCAACUGGUUACCAUGGGAGGAGGCGAUAACCCAGUGCUGCUCCAAGAACAGGCCACUGAGCAGGAAGAGGCGAUCGCGCACCAAGUUGAAGAACGACCGUUGCUGCAGAAACAGAAGCAACUAGAUGCUGAAGAUGAAGCGGCCGAGUUGUUAGCGGCGGGCGAAAACGGGGAUUCAUCCAGCUCUGAUUCGCACGACUCUUCAAGACACCGCCAUCAUCUCCUUGAAGACAACGACACUGAGCUAUCCAAACUUGAAGAGCGGCUCAAGGCGGUACACACGGCCUUUUUCGAUGAAUAUGAUAGGAGACGAACCAGUUCACUUGGCGGGAGAGUCUCGGCUUUAAAGGGCCAACGCGUUCCUUCCAAAGACAAAGACAUCGAUCUUCGCAUUGUACCUGAUAUCAAAGUCAUCAUGCCACAGAUCAAGCGGCCCGUACUCCAGUCUGUGGACCUGGUAUUCUCCGGGGUCCUACCCCUUGGAACCGACACGCAAAAUGCCGACAUCUCACUCUGGGCGAAAAGUUUUGGUGCAAUCAUCUCGCAAAAGAUCAGCUCUAAAACCACCCAUCUCGUCGCCGGCAGGAACCGCACCGCCAAAGUCCGUGAAGCGACGCGGUACCCUAACAUCAAAAUCGUAACGGUGCAAUGGCUGCUUGACUCGAUAACCCAGUGGAAACGAUUGGACGAGGAACCAUACCUUGUCCCGGUGCACCCGGAGGAUAGGGGGGACCUGAUCGGCACUGACAAUAUCUCUCCAUGGGACCCUAGCAAGUCCAAUGGCAGUCUCGAUGAUUUCUCGUUCCUAACUUCAUCGGAAGAGGAAUUUGGUAUGACAGGAGACGACGAUGACAGUGGUGAUGACGACGGCGAUAGCGAGGGGAACAACACCGAGAGCGAUACAUCGAAACGACGCGUACGGGCUAAUAAUAACAUGAACGAUAUCGAUAAAGAGAUUUUACAGUCCGCGGGACUCACGGAACAUUCUCCCAUCGGCUACGAUGCGGAGCAGCAGGCCGCGGUGCAUGAUGAGCUGAGGGAAUUUUUGGGGGAGUGA